UUACAAUUCUGUAUCUUAACAUUGGGGGUGAAGCAUUUUUACCCUAGAGGAAUUCUAUCCAAACUCAUUAAACACUUUUAAUAAGGGACAAAGGGUUGGGACUCAGCGGUUAGGGGGCCAGCCCAUGAGCCUCACUCCUUCUCCUCUCUCUCCAGGAAUUGAAGAGGGAAUCCUUUUGCUCAGCAUUCCCACGCCUCCCACGGUCCUGGCACUGAGCCCGCGGGCUUGCCUUAGUCUCCUGGGCUGCCCUAACGCAGCACCACGUGCCAGGCGGCUUAAACAGCAGCCAGUAAUUCUCCCACAGUCCUGGAGGUUCUAAGUCCCAGAUCGAGGGGUCGACAGGGUUGGUUCCUCCCUAGGCCUCUCUCCUGGGCUUGUAGACACCGUCUUCUCCCUGGGUCCUAACGAGGUCAUCCCUCUGUGCGUCUGUGUCCUCAUCUCUAGUCCUGUUGGAUCAGGGCCCAUCCUAAUGACCUCGUUUUACCUUAAUGACCUCUUCAAUGGCCCUAACUCCAAAUGAACAGUCACAUUCUGAGGUCCUGGGGCUUAGGGCUUCAGCAUAUGAGUUGGGAGUGGGGAUGUAACAUGACUAAUGUCCACAACAGGAAAACCCAUAGAGGCAGAAAGUGGGCUCCUGCUUGCCAGGGCUGGGGACGGGCAGUGUGGGGUGACUGCCAGCCAGCACAGAGUUUCUUCUGGAAGUGAUGAAAAUGUUCUGGAAUUAGACAGCAGUUGCACAACUCCGAAUAUAUUAAAAACCACUGAAUUGUACAUUUUGAAAGAGUGAAUUUCAUGGUAUGUGAAUUGUGUCUCAGUAAAGUUUUUAUUAACAAAAACUGUGAGGGUAAGAGGUAAAAGGAAGGGAGUUGAAAGCAGCAUCAGGUGUGAACAGCCCAUAAUUCAGCCCAUAGACUAGAGCGCGAACUCCUAGCACAACUGUAUGUUGAAGAUGUGUGUGAAUGCUUGCUUUCCUCGCCCUUCGGCCUGGUUUUCUCUACUUUCCAAUUUCAUCAUACAUUCUCUUCCUUCCUCCCCCUCCCCACUUUUUCAAAACGUUUCUUCUAGUCCUUACCUGUGUCUACACAAAAUUCCAUAAACAUAAUGCUACAGUUCAAAGAAGUGUUCUGAUGUUAGGGAGAUAACUUAGGAAAAUAUUUGACCUUUGGGAAAGUUUUGGUUUACUUCUGAGUGAAAACCCUCCAUGAAAGAGAAACUUAAAUGCAGUUUUCAAAUGCUCCUGAGACAUUCCCAGCUGCUGCUUUGGGGAGAAGUGAAGGCAAGACAAUUUCCAAGGCAAAGAAGGACCUAUUGCAGACAGCAGACCCCAAGUAAAGAAAGGCACAGUGAUGGUGGGUAUUUGUGCAGUGUUUUGAAAAUGUGGAGGUCAGGGAUGCUAGCUUACCAGGCCGGCAUGAUCGAGUUAUGAGAACUGGAGACCAGGACACUGCCUCUGCUGGCUGUGCUGCUCCGGGCUCCUUCGAAAGGGGAAGCAACUGGUGUACUGACUUGGGCUGUGGUUAAAUUGGGCUCCCGUAGGUGCUAUGAAGGCUCUGCAGAGCCAGGGAUGCUUGUACCCUGGAGAGACCUUGCUCCAGGAGCUCAGGAGCUGGUAGGGGCAGUGACAGUGAAGCACUGGCUUGCCGUGCCCAGUGCUUGGGCAAUGCUGAGCUCAGAGGGAGGAACCCAGAAUCAUGCGGGAGCAAGGGAGGGAGGCAGGCGAAGAGAAGGGUUGCCCAGGAGCCUGCAGGCUGGGUCAGUGUUUUGUCAAAUUGUCUUUUCCUGCUUUGCUGUCUGAUCCCACUAAAGACUAGCCAGAGAGAUGCAGAGGUGAAAAAUGGUGGACAGCCAUUUUUCUCCCUUUCACUGUGACUACAAUGUCUGUUUCAUAUCAACAGCAACAUCUGUGCAGGCAUCCUAAUGAGUAUAAAUAAGGUUUUCAGAAAACUGGGUUUGUGAGGCUCCUGUCAUCUGAAUUUCUUUCAUCAUUUAAGUGUGAUUUUUUACUUACUGACAUUCAGUUGUUAUUUAGUGGCCACCUAUUAUUCAUAUAGGGUUCUUUAUGUGCUUUCUGUGUACAUUUGUUUUCGUGCUCAUCGUAUUUCAGUGUGACUUACAUAUAAGAUGCACCCAUUCUUAGCUAUUGUGGACUUUUUUUAAAAAAAGCUUUGUAGAGAUAUGAUUCACAUACCAGAUAUCCAUUUAAGUGCCUAAUUCAACAGUUCUUAAUACCCUAAUUAAUUAAAAAAAAAUACAGUGUUGAGUAUUUUCCUUUUCUCCUUUUUCACUAAAGUGGACUCAGGAUUGGGGGUAACUGUCAGUCCCUUGGUGUGAUUCUUGGCUGCCAGUGUUUACUGGGGACGGGUGUUGGUACCUCCCUUAAUAGGAUAUUGUUAGAGUAUUUUACAAAUUCUGGUUAAAAAAAAUCCCACAUGCGAUCUCCUGUCUUCCCCCCUCUCUGAGUGUAGGCAUUGUCAGCUGCAGUUGUCCAGCAUCUCCAGGACUCUUUUCAUUUGCAGGAUGGAAACAAUGUACCCUCUGAGCAACUCCUCCCUGUUUCUCCUCCCUCCAGCUCCCGGCAACCACUAUUCCACUCCCUGCUUCUUUGAAUUUCACAACUUGAGGUAGCUUGUGUAAGUGGAAUUAUUUUAAAAGCUGGUUCAUGUUAAAGUGCUUAGAACAGAGCUUGGUGAACAUCCGGUCAACAGCUGGUCCCCGCAGACGCCUUGCCAUUUCUGUGACCGGAUGCUGGGAAGCCUGCUGGUCAACAGGUCCACACAUGAAGUCAUCAUAAGGAGCCCUGGCCUCCUUGCAGAAACAUCGAGGUGACAUGUAGCAUGACCGAGCUCGCUGGCGCCUCUUCAUCGUGCUGCCACCGCCCUGCAGGAACAGGGGCCAUGCAGUCAGUCUUGCACCACUUUCAACGUUUACGAGGGAGAGAGGGUGGCUCCCACUUCAUCAGCACCUCAUCGCCGCGAGGUGAGGCUAAGAUGAGCAUAACCAGUGAUGAGGUGAACUUCCUGGUGUAUCGGUAUCUCCAGGAGUCAGGUUUUUCCCACUCGGCUUUCACAUUUGGGAUUGAGAGCCACAUCAGCCAGUCCAACAUCAAUGGGACGCUGGUGCCACCGGCCGCCCUCAUCUCCAUUCUCCAGAAGGGCCUGCAGUAUGUAGAGGCCGAGAUCAGUAUCAACGAGGAUGGCACAGUGUUCGAUGGCCGCCCCAUAGAGUCCCUGUCACUGAUAGAUGCUGUGAUGCCUGAUGUGGUGCAGACGCGGCAGCAGGCAUUCCGAGAGAAGCUCGCUCAGCAGCAAGCGGCGGCAGCGGCGGCCUCGGCGGCAGCCGCUGCUGCCGCCACGACCUCAGCCAGCGUUUCCCAGCAACAUCCAUCGAAGAACAGAGAGGCCACGGUGAAUGGGGAAGAGAACAGAGCACAUUCAGUCAAUAAUCACGCGAAGCCAAUGGAAAUAGAUGGAGAGGUUGAGAUUCCAUCCAGCAAAGCCACAGUCCUUCGGGGCCAUGAGUCCGAGGUGUUCAUUUGUGCCUGGAAUCCUGUCAGUGAUUUGCUAGCUUCCGGAUCCGGAGACUCAACUGCAAGGAUAUGGAACCUGAAUGAGAAUAGCAACGGGGGCUCCACCCAGCUCGUGUUGAGGCACUGUAUACGAGAAGGGGGCCACGAUGUCCCAAGUAACAAAGAUGUCACCUCACUGGACUGGAAUACCAAUGGAACACUCUUGGCUACAGGUUCAUAUGACGGUUUUGCAAGAAUAUGGACGGAAGAUGGUAACCUGGCCAGCACCUUAGGCCAACAUAAAGGCCCCAUCUUUGCCUUGAAAUGGAACAGAAAGGGGAAUUACAUUUUGAGUGCUGGCGUAGACAAAACAACAAUAAUUUGGGAUGCCCACACAGGAGAAGCCAAACAGCAGUUUCCUUUUCAUUCGGCCCCUGCCCUUGAUGUGGACUGGCAGAACAACACGACCUUCGCCUCCUGUAGCACAGACAUGUGUAUCCACGUGUGCAGGCUCGGCUGUGACCGCCCAGUCAAAACCUUCCAGGGACACACAAACGAGGUCAACGCCAUCAAAUGGGAUCCUUCUGGAAUGUUGCUGGCCUCCUGCUCAGAUGACAUGACAUUGAAGAUCUGGAGCAUGAAACAGGAAGUGUGCAUCCACGAUCUUCAGGCUCACAAUAAAGAGAUCUACACCAUCAAGUGGAGCCCCACCGGGCCCGCCACCAGCAACCCAAACUCCAACAUCAUGUUGGCAAGUGCUUCGUUUGAUUCUACGGUGCGACUGUGGGACAUAGAGCGAGGCGUCUGCAUCCACACGCUCACGAAGCAUCAGGAGCCCGUCUACAGCGUAGCUUUCAGCCCUGACGGGAAGUACUUGGCCAGCGGAUCCUUUGACAAAUGCGUCCAUAUCUGGAAUACUCAGAGUGGAAAUCUCGUCCACAGCUACCGAGGCACUGGCGGCAUCUUCGAAGUGUGCUGGAACGCCCGAGGAGACAAAGUGGGCGCCAGCGCAUCCGACGGCUCUGUUUGCGUGUUGGAUCUGCGGAAGUAAUCACAAAAUACUAUCGAAAAAAGAAAAGAAUUCUGAUGACCAGCCAUGAAUGUGUAGGGUUGCAGCUCUGUUCUCCAAAACUGUACGAACUUGACUUGCGUUAGAGUAUACUCUGAAACCAACUCGUCUCUGGCCGCAGGAAUCUAUAUGUUUUCGUAAUCUUCAUCAAGAAGUUUUUUAAAGGCAAGCAAAAACAGAAGCAAAUCAUAUCACACGGGGAUAGAAUGGUUUCCACUGAGGAUAUUCAGCCUGGGAAGCAGAAAGUCACCAGCUCGAGGCGUGUGGAUUGGUUUCCACCCGGAACAGGCUCUGUGAUGACUGAAUGGAAAGAAAUGUAAAAAGCUGUGCCAAAAAAAAAAAAGCAAAAUGCUGUGAUAAACCAAACAGGGAAGGGGGAAAACCUCCUCCUUGAGAUUUCUUUUUGUUUUCCCUAACGAUUUGGACACUACAGUUGCUCUCACAAAGGAUGUUCAAAGACCAGUUUGUACCGAUGAUGUGUAACUUUGUAAUCCCAACACUUUCUAUUUUCUAGAAUCUUCUUUGUUCAUUGGGUGGUUUUUCUAUCGGCUGGAAUUCUAUCUUCUGGGGGCCUUCCGUCUGAGAUGAAAGCUGUCUUGGGCUUGUUGUCUCUUCCCUGUGUUGCCUCUCCCCCUACCCCUGCCUUUCCACUCUGUCUGGUCAGCUCUGCUUUUUCAGUGCAGCCUCAAGAGACGCAGCCCAGUUCACAUGAAGACACAGUCUCCCAUGGACAGCUUUCCCCCUUCCGCCUUCUCCCACCCUCUCCUCCCCUCGCGCUCGCGCUCACGCUCGCUUUCUCACUGGCGCGCUCGCUCGCUCUCCCCCCCUCCCUCCCUCCCUCUGUACCUUUCUCAUAGUUGCUUCAGAUCUUAGGUCUCAAGGGCACUUUGGCGCGUAGUAAGUGCUUUAUGUAAGAAGGCAGGGCAGGGGGCUUUUUACAGGAGGAAAAAAAUGACUUAGAAAGAGCCUGGAGUAUUUUUGGAAAAAAAAAAUAUUUUUAUGUUAAAACAGUUUUAAAAUCUUAAAAUGGCCAUCAGACAUAGAGAGCUUUGUGUGAUUCAUGUUUUCAAAAGAACUGAAGAAGCCACAGGCAGGGCCUGAGGGAGCCCCUGGCUUUCCCCUCAGCCUCAGGAAAGGUGGUCAGGAGGACUCUGGCUGGACAACGGUCAGCCUUAGGGGUCAGCAGCGAGAUUGCACUGCAGCCAGUGAGGGAGGUCCCAGCCAUGCCGCGUGGAAGAAAAACUUGCAUCUUUUGGUGUGUACGCACCUUGGCAGCCAGCAGGAAAGCCGUGAAGAGCCGUGCGCCCUCUGGCCUCGAGGGAGCAUUGGCAGAACCAUAAGGUACUGCAGAAGCCGUCACAGCUCGGCUGGAUUAGGCGUGUUGGCUGCGUCUUUCCCACAGCCGUAUAACGACCGAUGGUCAGUUCUCGAAGAGCAGGCUUGGCAAGUCCUUGCAGAGCUGACAUAGAGGCCCCCGCAUGUCACUUCGUCUAACGCUGACAGAAACGAAUGCAGAAGGAAGAUUUUCAGUUCCGAACAUGAAUUAUAGAGGUAGAACGUCGCUAAUAAUUUCUGCCAUCUUAAUAAUUUCUUUCUCUCUCAGAAGACUAGGAGAAAGAUCUUUUUUAAAUAAUCAAUCUUUUUGCUGUUUUUGAAAAAUUCAGGCUUUGUGUUCCUAGAAGAGCUUCAUUUCAGUGAAUCUGCUGACCUUCAUCUGCUUGCUGUCAUAACCCGACACUGACUUAUUUUUUUCAUUAGCAAGGGGGAAAAGGCCGAAGGACAAGGGCCUCUUUUCCCAUUGGUUUUCCUGUGGGCAGAAGGGCUGAGGAAGCUGGCCCGGCCCGUGGGGGCUGCUGCGUCACCAGCAGUGGGUAGGGUGCAAUCUGGUGUGUGUUCCAGCAGCGAGACGGUGUUACUGUGAAGCUGGCAUCCAUCUGCAGAGCCAAAACCCAGCCGUCAGGGAAGGGCCAGGGCUUCCUGUGGAACUUGGAAUGUGCCAGGACCACCUGCAAAAGCCAGGGUGCGUCGAUCAUUCUCAGAUCAUUGAUUGGCCUCCACUUGGGUAUGUGAAUUAUUCAUGCCCCAGAAGACCAAAAAGUGCCCUGGUUCUGAGAUGAGUGUCUUAUUCGGGCUGUUUCUGAAACGCUUAGCAAAGAAGGUCACAGCGAUGUGGAGUCGCCGCCCCCAUCUUUGAAGAUAGCCGGUGUCCCCGGAUGAGGUGAUUUCCCAUCCCAAGGACUCCGUGAAGUUUAGGGUACAGUUUGUUGGGGUCCAGAAGACGCCACUACCCCACCCAAAUAAAAACGCACUCAUCUUUGCAGAGCAUCUGCUGUCAAAGGCCAGCCUGUCGUUAGACAUGGCUUGUGCUUGACAAACCAGAAACAACUGUGGGAUGGUGACGGUGGGAUGUGUCGCAAGCGAUUCACUAGACAAUCUUCACAUGAAUGUCGGUAGCCAGGGUCUCUCCCAAGGGAUGGGUUUAGUCUUGAUGAAUGUAAACCACAUCAGAAUUGUGAGGUAGAAACCUGGGCUGGGAGGCCUCGGACCCCAGGCUCCAUCCCUGGCUUCCCCAGCCUGCAGCUGCAAGCAAAAGCGAGCAUGAGAUGCAGCUAGCAGUCACAUCCAUCCCCGUUCUCAGCAGGAUGACACCAUGGACAGCCGUUUCCGGAGCCUCCAGCAUUUGCACACCACUACUUAGCCUCUCUGCUGCUGGAAUGUUGGUAGAGUCAUCCCUGUAAUCAGGAAAUGGCCUGUGGAAUGUUAUUGUUCAAUGUUGUUUACAGCUCUUAAAACAUGGUGAGGAAUGCCUAAGUCUUAGUGACCAAACUUGACCUUGAAAGCAGACAUAGCAUGACAGACCUUCCUGGAGUCUUUGGUUGGGUUCAAAGUGACCGAGAGUCAGGUCCAGCACACACCUGGGAAAGGGAUGCUGCCCCAAGGGGGACCAAAAGGGCCGGACGUUACAGGGUGAAACCCUCUGACCCCUCGCGACACCGUAGGACUUGACUUUUGUUUAGUCUUUCUAAGAAAUAGAUCAUAGAGCCAAGUGAAGUGCACUUUGUCCAAUGUAAGGGUCUGCUUUGUUCUUGUUGCUUUUCUCUUUUUAAACCUUUUGUUCCGCCAUUUAAAAAAAAAAAAAAAAAAAAAAAAAAGCUUAUGUUUCUUGUCAAAUGCAGAAAUGUUCCUUCCGCCACUCACUGAAGUUUUGCAUUCUGGCUUGUGCAGUUUUUAUUGUCUGUGUCAGACGUACAGCCAGAUGUGUUCUCUAUCGGCAAUUUUCCUAUUCUGUUCAGAUGACAUCGACCACCGUUUCAUUCCCCCCGCCGCCUGUACUCACCCUCACGCUCUUUGAAGAAAAAAAAAAAAAUCACCUUGCGUGUUGUAGCUCAUUUGUUUCAAGAGAGAAUCAACAGAUCAUAUUCAGUGUCUUGAAUAAAUUGCUCUAUUUUGAUAUUAGAGAA